CAUAUCAUACUAAUAUUUUAUUGGUAUUAUAUUAUAGUAUUUUAUCGGUGUUUUGGUUGGAAAUAGUGAACAAUUAAUUUCUACGCAAUGUCUUAAUUUUAAUUGAGCAUUGUUCUCAGAAUCUUACUGCAAUGGAGCAAUCUGAUAUUGGGUUAAAUCUGUAUUGUUUUGGGUGUUUGGUUGCGAAGGAGGAAAAGUCAUUCUAUUGCCUAGAACUCCAGAAUUCAGUUUUCAAAACAAUUAUACAGGCUGAAUGUCUCUUCCUCUGCUACCUCUGCAAACGGGCCGCGCAAAAAGCAGAGUUGUUCAUACAAAAUGUCCAAAAUAACCAUAUUCUGCUUCAGAAUAUACAUAGGAUGGAAACUUCCACUUUACAAUCAGCUCGGACACAAACUCGGCCUCCGCACCAGCUAUCUCCAGUAUCCCUAGACAUCAUCGAGUUAGGAACCGAGUUAACUCAGGAGGUGCAUAGUAGGAACUUGGGCUAUGAUAACCGACUUAACGUAAAGCUAGAGAUGAAGGAAGAGAGAGUACCAGAUAAUUAUCAAGAUGAUAACAGCAGCCAAGAGUCAUUUGUAAAAGAGGGCUUACCUCUAAAAGUAUUAUUAAAAGAAGAGAAAGAAACAGAACGAGUGGAGGAAAAUCCCAAGAAAAGCCCCAGGAAGUAUAAGAAGAGAAAGAAGAGGAAUGUCGAAGAAGAUGAUGAGCUAGCCAUAAUACCGUUCGAAAUAACCCGAGAGCAAUGCUUGGAGGAGCGCGCGCGCAUGGCGCUGGAGCCGCGCUACCUGGCCGCCGCGCACAAGUGCGUUGACUGCGUCAAGGGGUUCAACUACAAGGACAGCUUCGACAAACAUAUGGAGAAACAUAACGAGAGCAAUGGCAACUUCGAAUGCGACGUGUGCAAGCAGAGAAUGAGUACAGAAGAGAAGCUAGUCGGUCACAAGAAAUACCACGAAAAGCGGUACCGCUGCCCCUCGUGCGGCAUGACGCGCGCCAGCCGCGUGCUGGUGAAGGACCACUACUCGGCGCUCCACUCCUCGCGCCAGGUCAGGCACAGCUGCCCGCACUGCGACAAGACAUUCACACGUAAACUAGCAUGGCGGAAGCACGUGUCCAGCGUACACGGUCGCGCGAGGGAGACGUGUCAAUAUUGUAAGAAGACUUAUGCCAACAAAGACGUAUUGAAGGCGCAUAUAAACCUCCGACACCCAAUAGAGGGCACCACAGCCCCAAUUGUCAAGUCCCACGUUUGCCAAGAUUGCGGGAAAGCGUUCAAGAGUCCUUCGUCACUCAAGAUACAUAGUGUCAAGCAUUCGCCCAACAAAGACUACUAUUGUGUCGAGUGUGACAAGAGUUUCAAAUCAGCUACAAUACUGAAGCAUCAUUUAAAGACGACGUCAGUGCACGUUAACUACGUCGAUUUACCCUUGGCGUGCUCGCACUGCGGCAAGCGGUUCGCGAUCCGCCGCGACCUGGAGCAACACGUCAACAGAGUCCAUCUCAAUAUAAAACCAUUCCAGUGCGAUCGCUGUGAGAAGGCCUACGUGAACGUGUGGUCGCUGAACGAGCAUCGCCGCCUGGCGCACGAGGGGUUCAAGCGGCCGCUCAAGUACCCCUGCUCCAUGUGCGACAAGGUCUUCGAUAGUAACCAGAUCCUCAAAGACCACAUCCGGACUCACACGGGCGAGCGGCCCUUCCAGUGCGCGCGCUGCCCGGCGCAGUUCCGCCAGGCCGGCACGCUCGGCACGCACGUGCGCCUCGUGCACCUGCGGCUCACCCGGGACGGCCGGCCCCGGGCCGCGGCCGAGUCGCGGCCUGGACAGGAGCGGGGGUUUGGGCCAGUCCAAACCGACGCAGAGUCGAACCGGUAUGGGGACGCGUCUCAAACUAACUAGAAACGACAGACAAACAAGAAAUGGCCAUAAAAUAGUACAUUACGAUACGAGUGCGAAAAAUAGGAAGUUCGAAAUGAGUGGCGAUAAAUUAAGACACGACCGAAGGGAAGGAAAAAUUGAAAAAAAAUGUAUUCGAGAGGCUACCCCCAAAUAAAAAAAAACUUUAGUUAAUUUUAGGUCACGUGUUUAUAAAUAAAAAUUACGUUUUAUGUACAGGAGCGUUCAAAAAAUGGGGAAAAAAAAACAAAAAAUAUUUUUUUUCUGUCGAAUUUCACAAAAAGUCGUAUAACAUUUUUUGCUUCUGUUGCCAUCAGGAAUGCACCGUUAAAAUCUCUCGCAAUGCUUACCUUGUAUCUGCUAUUAAUAGUACAUUACGAUACAAGUGCGAAAAAUAGGAAAUUCAAAACGAGUGGCGAUAAAUUAAAACACGACCGAAGGGAAUGUUUUAAAUCGACACGAGUUGCGAAUUACCUAUUCGCACAUGUAUCGUACAACGUUUUUACAGUACAUAUGGCCCUUUAAAUGUUCGACACAGUAACGUAAUAUGCUAAUUUUCGCACUAGUGCGGUAAAGUAGCACCAUAUGUACUGUAAUAGUACAUUAUGAUACAAGUGUGCUAAGUUGGUCAUUAUACACGAGGCGAUAUUGUGCGCGCGAGCUGUAAGCGAGCGCGCAAUAAGAAAGCCGGUGUGGGUGGGUACUGUAAAUAACUAUUUUUGUCAUAAGAAUUACUAAUUCGUUUAAAUGAGUACAUUUUAUAAACUAGAUUAAAGAGAGAGUUGACUACGAUUUUUUUCAUAAUAUUUAUUUGUUAUUACUUAUUUAAUUAAAUUAGACUUGGAACGGGUUGCACCACGUACAUAUAACGAACUCAACGUUAACAUUCACUGCCAGCGCGAGCUACGCGUGUCGAUAUUUUUCCGCUUUGUAACGAAAAGCGACUAGAACCGGGAACCCGCCUAGUUGAUCGCUGGCAGUCAAUGUCUUAAAAUAUAGCUUUAUCAAACUUUUCAUAAGAAGAAAUUGUAACGAUGAUUUUGAUACAGAUCGUGUCGUGUCAUUCACGAAGACGCCUUGACUGUUUUUGUCAUAUUAUUAAAGAUUAGAUACAAUACAAUACAAUACAAUACAAAUCCUCUUUAUUGCACAACCUCUGAAAAAAUGUACAUGGAAACACAUAUAAUACAUGAAGAUAAAGGUAAACAACAAAAUAAGGUAAGGUAGGUAAGAUAAGAUUUAACAACUCUGCGCGUCAUCGUGGAUGGCACGAUGUAUAUAUUCUUUUUAUGGGUUUGGUGUAACAGCAGCCCAAUUUUGGUCAAUAAAAUAAAUACACUAAACGUAUGAUUAGAUUAACUAGUAAUAUUAAGUAGUAUAUAAUAUGAAAUAAAUGAAUAAAGUUAGUUAAAAA